AUGAAAUUAUUAAUUUUGAUAAUUUUAUCGUUUAUGAUAAUUAAUUCAUUUUCAACCAUUUUAAAUGUUAAUGAUGAUGAAUUGAUAAACAGCCUUCAAUGUUCACAUUUCAAACCUCGAGCUCUGCCCGAUCCUCAACCAGUGUCUAAAUCACAAAAUGAACCAAAAACAGCAAAGGAUCUGAAAUCUCGAGCUCCGCCUGAUGCACCAGCACCUGAAAUUCCAAAACCACCAGCUGUCAAUCCACCAAAUGCGCCAGCACCAGCACCUGAAAUUCCAAAACCACCAGCUCCACCAAAUGCGCCAGCACCAAAAGAUAAACCAGCACCUGAAAUUCCAAAACCACCAGCUCCACCAAAUGCGCCAGCACCAAAAGAUAAACCAGCACCUGAAAAUCCAAAACCACCAGCUCCACCAAAUGCGCCAGCACCAAAAGAUAAACCAGCACCUGAAAUUCCAAAACCACCAGCCGACAAACCACCAAAUGCGCCAGCACCAAAAGAUAAACCAGCACCUGAAAAUCCAAAACCACCAGCCAAAAAUCCACCAAAUGCGCCAGCACCAAAAGAUCAACCAGCACCAAAAGAUCAACCAGCACCAAAAGAUCAACCAGCGCCUGAAAAUCCAAAUGCGCCAGCACCACCAAAAGAACCAGCACCAAAUCCAGCCAAAGAACCAAAUCCACAACCAAAUCCACAACCAAAAGAACCAGCACCAAAUCCAGCCAAAGAACCAAAUCCACAACCAAAUCAACAACCAAAUCAACCACCAAAUCCACCACCAAAUCCACCACCAAAUCCACCACCAAAUCCACCACCAAAUCCACCAGCCAACGAACCACCACCAAAUCCACCACCAAAUCCACCACCAAAUCCACCACCAAAUCCACCACCAAAUCCACCAGCCAACGAACCAACACCUGAUCCUCCACAACCACAACAACAAUCACAGACAACAUCACCGUCACCGUCACCCACAACGCCUAGUAUUGCAACAAAUUCAGGACAAACCUUGCUGAAAAAUAAUAAUUACAAGAUCAUUUUACCUACUGCAAU